UAUCGUGAGCAUGACGUAACCAUGUUCUUCGAGCAGCACUAAAAUAGUUGGCUGGAUGUGACCCGAAGAAUUAGCACAGCAAACGAUAUCAUUUGGCUUUGCGAUUCAGAACAAAACAGUCCACUUAGAGAUGCAUAUCCUGACUCAAGUUGUUUUAGUUUGCUUAGUACUUCCACUAGUGACCGGUCGCAAGUGUUGGAUGAACGUGAAGACUCCCUACGUCAACUCUCGGGAUCAGUACGUUUCAAGGCAGAGUACCUGCUCGUACAAGUGCUGGACCGGCUGGUACAACACGCAGGUCAAUUCUGGCUAUUACACCAAAAGCUGUGAGCUGGCCUACUUAACGGAAUCCAGGUUGGUUUGCUGUGAAGGAUACUUCGACUAUGGUGGAGACUGCUACCCAGUGUGUAAGAGCGGAUGCCCGAAUGGACGCUGUACCGGACCGGAUCAGUGUACUUGCAACGAGGGAUACGUCAAAGUGCGGAAUGAGUGUGAACCAAAGUGUUCAAGCUGCGAGAACGGACGCUGUGUUGCACCGAAUGAGUGUGUCUGCGACGAGGGAUUCCGGAAAGAUUCCAACGCGGCUUGUGUUCCAAGCUGUAAAGAUGCUUGCAUCGGGGGACUAUGUGACCGGAGUGGAAACUGUGCCUGCUCAAAGGAACAGUUCUUCAAUCCGAAACUGUUGGAAUUUGGCGUCCGCAAUGGAACAGUUUGCACAGGAAGUUGCGACAAGCCUUGUCAGAAUGGAUACUGCGUGGGAAGAAAUCGUUGUAAAUGUCUCAACGGAUAUCAACCGUCUAAAGUGGAUUCCUUCGCAUGUUCUCCCGUGUGUGAUCCGAGCUAUGUCGAUUGCACCGGAGGAGUCUGUGUGGCACCAAAUAUCUGCAUUUGUAAAACUGGCUACACAUUGAUUUCGGGCAAGUGUGUUCCCGUUUGCGAUCCGGAAUGCAUCAAUGGAAACUGCGUGAGUCCCGGACAGUGUUCCUGCUUUGAAGGGUUCGUCAAGACUCAAGAAUCCGGCAACGAGUGCGUCCCAGUUUGUGAUCCACCCUGCCAGAAUGGCAGAUGUGUUGAGUCAAAUGUUUGCGAAUGUUACGAAGGAUAUCAUGUAUCACCAGGAGGUAACAACAUUUGUCAACCAGAAUGUUCCGACUGCCAGAAUGGAAUCUGCGUUGCUCCGGAGGUAUGCGUUUGCCAGGAAGGAUACGAGAAAAACUCUAGCGGAUCCUGUGUACCAAGCUGCAGCGAUGUCUGCAUCGGUGGGCACUGCAAUGCUGAGCAUGAAUGCGUUUGUCCGGAGAAUCACUAUUUAAACCCCUACCUGUUGGAAUUUGGAAUCCGAAAUGGUACUGUUUGCACUGGAAAGUGUGAUCAUCCUUGCGUCAAUGGAAUAUGUGCGGGAAUCAACAAGUGCGUGUGUUUUAACGGUUAUCAAAUAUUAAAACAAGAUCCUUUCACAUGUACUCCCAUUUGUGAUCCUGACGACGUCGACUGCGCAAAUGGAGUAUGCAAGCAAGGCUUCCGUCUGGACCAGAACAAGUGCGUUCCCCUUUGUGAUCCGGAGUGCGUCAACGGCAUAUGUGAGAGUCCAGGGCAGUGUUCUUGCCUGCGCGGUUAUCACAAGAUUCGUGAAUCUGACGUAGAAUGCGCCCCGACUUGUGAACCACCCUGUAGCAACGGAAAAUGCGUGAGUCCGAAUACCUGUGAGUGCUUCCAUGGAUUUGCGGAUUCACCGGAAGUUGCGAACCAGUGUGAUGCAGUAUGUGAUCCAAGCUACGCCAAUUGUGCCAACGGGACCUGCCUGGCUCCAAAUUACUGUAAAUGCAACGAUGGCUACAUGUUCCAAAAUGGCCGCUGCGUUCCGAACUAUGAUCCAGCUUGCAUUUACGGAGAAUGUUCGAAUCCCAACGAGUGCUCUUGCUUGGAUGGUUUCGCGAAGAAUUCAGAAGAUGUUUGCAUCCCAUCGUGCACUCCUCGUUGUGAAAACGGUGACUGCGUAGCCCCAAAUACCUGCAAGUGCCACCGAGGAUUCGAAAUGGUAUCGGAAAGGUGUAGUCCUACCUGCGAUCCCACGUACAUCGAAUCACAGAACGGACGAUGUAUUGCACCUAACGUUCUGCUUUGCGAUGAAGGAUUCGCACUGGAGUACGAUUCCGGAUCGAUACGCUGCGCGCCGAGUUGUAAUCCGUCGUGCACCAACGCUCGCUGUCUUUCGGAUGGAUCGUGCCAGUGCUUCGAGGGAUUUAUCCAAUCGUCUGCGGCGAGUAACGUGUGUGAACCUGCUUGCGUUUCUCCCUGUGUCAAUUCCAGCUGUGCUCGACCCAAUCAGUGCGAAUGCUGGGAAGGAUAUCAAAGGGUGGACGACAACGUCUGCUGCCCAGUUUGUGAUCCUGCUGUGAUGGAUUGCACGUUUGGAAGUUGCAUCGAUGUUAAUGUUUGUCUGUGCUCCACUGGUUAUGCUCCAGCUUCUAGCGGGAACAAUACCAGACACUGUAGUCCGACGUGCUCGCAACCGUGCAACAAUGGAGUUUGCACUGCACCAAAUGUGUGUGAAUGUCUUGCUGGGUACAAUCGAACUGAAUUCGAUGAAGGAUGUACUCCAGUGUGCGAAGAAUCUUGCGAUAAUGCAAUCUGUUCGGCUCCAGAUGUAUGCAGUUGCCUGGAGGGAUUCGUACCGUUGAACUCCACCGUUUGUACGGCGUUUUGCGAUCCCACUUAUGUGGACUGUUCCUUUGGAGAUUGCGUUCGUCCGAAUGAGUGUCGCUGCAACGACGGGUACGAGCUGGUGGACAAUGGAACGAUAGCAGGUUGUGAUCCGGUUUGUGAAGAUCUGCCGGAAAAUGCGGAUUGUUUGGAGCCAGGCAAGUUCAUUUGCUGGGAGGGUUAUUUGGAGGCGAACAACAGCUGUGAUCCAAUCUGUGAGCAACCCUGCGGCAAUGGAACCUGCAUAAAGCCAAAUGAUUGCCAGUGUUGGGAUGCUUAUCAGUGGGAUGAACUCGGUGCGUCGUGCGUAUCUUUCUGCGAGAUUCAGUGUGAUGCUGCGAGUGGAACUUGCGAGGAUAAUGUCUGUUUAUGUUAUGAAGGAUACGAAAACUUGGAAAAUGUCUAUAGAUGUGAUGCAGUUUGUACAAAUUGCAGCAACGGGGUUUGCGAAUCUCCUGGAAACUGUACGUGCCUAGAUGGAUUUGGGAUGUCCAACGAAACAUUGCUAUGUGAACCGAUCUGUGAUAACUGCACGAACGGAGUUUGUAUUGCUCCCGAUGAAUGCAAGUGCAACGAAGGUUAUGACAUGAGGGAUGCAGAUGACGACCAACGCUGUACCCCUGUGGGAGCUGUGCAGAGUAGCUACUUCCGUCAUCAGCGAACCUUUUUGUGCAUCUUUGUAGUUUGUGCAACAAGUAUUGCAGCUCUGGUUUUCGUUUCGUUCAAACUGAAACAACGCAGACCUGACGCUGGAUUAGAAAAAGAUGGUGAGAGCAUAGUUUUUAUAUGGUGGCGUCAAAUAACAUAGAAUCUUUGCAGGUGCAUGCGUCGGCGAAUCCUAUGAACUGUAGCACAAGCUUUUCCGAAUAAAAUACCCAUGUUAUAACUCGCUCUUCUCCAAUACCAGACAUCAGACCUGACCUGAUAGUUCUACCGAGUAAGGAAAACUUAUGCUAAUUAAAAUUAUUUAUGAAACUAUGAAAAAUAAGCUCCUCCACCGUACUCUCAGUUGACUCAUGGCUCUUUCAUAAGACAGCAGUCAAUCCCCGUGCUGCAAGUGUGUCCUCUUCUUGGCGAGUGACGGCAGGGCAGAAUCUUCUCGGUGCAGCACGUAUUGAACUAAUAGGGUACU